UGCGCUCUCUAUCAUUGAACAGUUGUAUUAACAAGAUGACAAGCAUUCGACAUUAGAGCCUGUUGUAAAAAUGGCGCUUGCUGAAGUUUGCGGUCUGAAUUCGUUUGUUGACUUUAAUGUCUCGCGCGAAGAAGAUAACUAUUCGCGACAAGUUGAGAAAUAUAGUGGAAAUUUUAUCAACAAUGUACAACUAGCAGUACCGCCAUAUAUAAAUCCAGCAGAAAAAUUGGCACAACUUGCAGAAGGAACCGACGAAGCAGGGAAACAUUUGAAGAUUAAAUUUGAUCAUGGAACUACUACAUUGGGUUUUCAGUAUAGAGGUGGAAUUGUUCUUGCUGUUGACUCACGAGCAACAGGAGGCCAAUUUAUUGGUUCAUCCACCAUGAAGAAGAUCGUUGAAAUCAACGAUUAUCUCCUUGGAACUUUAGCUGGUGGUGCUGCGGAUUGUGUUUAUUGGGAUAGAGUCCUAGCAAAACAAUGUCGUACAUAUGAAUUACGGAAUAGAGAACGUAUUUCCAUUGCUGCUGCUAGCAAACUUCUAUCAAAUAUGAUAUAUAAUUACAAAGGAAUGGGAUUAAGUAUAGGUAUGAUGCUUGCUGGAUGGGACAAAAGAGGACCUAGCUUGUACUAUGUUGAUUCAGAAGGUGCUCGUACACCAGGAAAGGUUUUCAGUGUAGGAUCAGGUUCUAUUUAUGCAUUUGGUGCACUAGAUUCUGGCUAUCGCUGGGACUUGACCGACGAAGAGGCUUAUGAACUUGGCAGAAGAUCAAUUUACCAUGCCACUCAUAGAGAUGCUUACUCUGGUGGUAUAGUAAGAGUGUAUCACAUGAAGCCAACUGGUUGGGUGCAUAUUUCUGAUGAAGAUUGUAAAGACCUUCACUACAUGUACCAAGAUCAGAAACAAGGAGGACUUAAUUAAUAGCAUUUAUAGCUUAUUGUAUUCUGUGAAAUGUUUUCUUUAAUAAAAUUUACUUUGAGAUACAAAAUUUUUGUAUCUAUUUUA